GUGCUGAUUUAAUUCUUGUCUUUAGGGUGUAGUGGGUGUAAUGUUUAUUUACAUUUCUCGUGCAUAAAACACCUCAAGUUUGAAGCGGUUGCACCUAAUUACAUUCAGCCAGGUAUGAAUUCGGAGUUCGUUAAGUCGAGGACUAGGACGGAUUUUGCGAAGGAUCAAACUCAGUUAACAUCUAAACGCUCCUCACUAUGUCGGUCAAGAAAAGUGUUGCCCAGUAAAAAGUUAUCGAGACAAACCCCACUUCUUUAUUCGCGAGGAAUAUUCAGAAUCAAGAGGUCUGACGAACACCAAAAUUUAAAAGGAGAGGUGGAUGGAGUCAAUAAAAAUGAUAAUAUAAAGAAUGUAUCCCAGGUCUUGAAGUCAGACAAAAAUAACUAUUCACUUGAGUCUGGUGAUCAUAGCGUAAAUGAAAAAGAGGAUGUUGAUGAAGACAGAAAUAAGAAAUAUGUGGAGGAGGAAUCAAGUUCUUGUUCAACAGAUGACGAGCUCGGAAACACAAACGCAAAGAGCACGAGGAAAAAUGCGUCAGAGUCCACAGAAUACCUGAGAAAAACAGAAAAUUAUGAACUACCAAACAUACGGAAAACCAUUGUUCGUCUUCAAGAGAAGGAGAUUUUACAAAGAACGCAAGCAAUAGAAGCAGAAUUUUAUGAACGUUUGAUUGAACUUAGAAAAGAAAAUGAAACUGAAGUAGCAAAAAUUAUGAAUCGUAAAAAUGCUGAAUUAAUUGCUGUACAAAAAGCUGCUGAAAUGAAACAAUGUGAACUUCGUCAAGCAAUAGAUAAACUAGAAAAUCAAUUAUCUGAUACAGUCAACAAUGCUGAUCAAAUUAAACGUAGCUCUGAAGAGAAAAUGAAUCAAUUACAGUCAGUAAUGAAUAAACAAUUUGAAAAUCUAUUGAAACAAUCUAAUGAACAACGUGAAUUUCUUAUACAAGAACAUGAGAAAACAUUGAAAGAUUUACAAAAUAAAAAUGAAUCUACUUUUAAAGAACUGGAAAUAAAUAAAUCCUUUGUUAUAGAACUAGAAUCAAAAAUGGAAUUACAGCACAAUCAAAUUAAAAGUUUAAAAGGACAAUUAACAAAUAUCAUGACAGAAAGAAAUGAGCUAGAAGAAUCAUUAAAAGUUAAAACAGAAAAAGAGAAAGAAACAUUGAAAAAUCUAAAACAACUUCAAUGUGAUUUGAAUGAAUUAACCGAUAGAUAUAAAACAUUAGAAUCAAAGUAUAACAUGUGUCUUGAAGAUUAUAACCAAGAAUUAAAACAAAUUCGUUCAGAUCACGCUAAGCGUAUAUGUGCAAUGGAAUUAGAACGAACAAAUAAUGAAAAGCAAUAUGAAACUAACCUGGGAAAAAUUAAAGAUGAGUUUAAUACAAAACUGGAAGAGAGUCGUUUGUCGUAUGAACGUCAGCUAGUUACAGAAGUUAAGGAAGCUGAAACACGCGGUUAUGAAAAAUGUUUAUUAAUUAAAAGUGAUGAGAUUACAGCUUUACAAAAAACUAUUAAAGAAACCAAGGAAUUAAAUUCAAAUGAUGAAAUUAAAUAUCAAGAAAUAAUUAGUCAAUUAAAAUGUGAAAUAACUAAAUUAAAUAAAAUUAUUGAAAAAUUAAAAAAUAUCUAUGAAUUAAAAGAGAAUAAUUUUUUAACAAUCAUAACAAAAUUACAAAAGAAACAAUUAGAUGAUACAUUGAAUAAGACAAAUUCUAUUCAAACAUAUUUUACCAAUGAAAAAUUAUUAAAUUCUAUUAUACAAUGGAAAAAACAACAAUUAAAUGAAAUUAUAUUAUUAAUUAAACAAAAAGAAUUUAAUCAGUUAGAAAUAAUAUUUAAAGAAAAAGAAAAUAUUAUACGUAAUGAAUUAUUAUUAAAAAUUGAAAAUAUUCAAAAUGAAAAAAAUCAAAUUAUUGAAACAUUGACCAAUGCAUUAAAUUUAUCAAAAUUAGAUAUUGUAAAACUUGAAACUGAACUUAAAGAAGCUAGACGUAUAGCAAUGACAGAAGUGGAAUUAAGACGUGAACAAUUAUCAGAAAUAAGUUUAGCACGUGAAUUAGAACGUAAAGAAUUAAUUAGUAAACAUGAAAAUCAUUUAAAUGAAGAACAGUGUAAGAAUCAAGAAACGAUUUUACGAUUACAAGAACAACAUGCUGAAGAAUUAAAAACAAUAUCUUCUCAGGCUAAUGAAAAAUUGUUAGGAAUAGAAAAAGAAUAUAAAACUCGCUUAACGGAAGCAAAUAAACGACUGAAUGAAAGUCAAGAGAAAAUAAUUAAUUUAGACAUGAUAUUACAGAAAGCUUUACAAGAAAAAAGAAACACACAAGAAACAUUAUCUGAAUCAUUUCAAAGUGAAAUUGAACAAAUGAAGAAUAAGCAAAAGCAAGAAGUAUUGAUCUUGAAGGAGGCUAUAUCAAAAGAGCGCAAUAGAGCACGUUUAGCAGAGAUUUCUCUUCGUCAGCAAGAAAAGGCGUGGAACGAUAUGAAGACUCGCUGGCAUGAAGAACGUAUAGCACAAUUAGGAAAUUCAUUACCAAUUGAAUCCCGUACUCAUAUGGAGGCAACUAUUGAGGCAUUACGUCUUCAGGUUAGUUAUAUGUAGUUUAAUUUAGACUCUUUGACCCAUUAGUUAUUAUCAGAAGACUUCGAAGACCGUCCAUGCCAAAUGUAGAUAUUGAUGUAGGCUUUUUAACGGAAAUAAAAUCUUCAGUGAAACAGAAGGUACUAGUCUGUUCGAACUGUUAUUUGUGAAACAAUGACAAAUAACAUACCUUGGGACUAAUUUUUUUUGGAAUGGAUUUUAAGGGUGUUUGUUUGUCCCAUCAUGUAACAUAAUGCUGAUUAGUAUAUUUCCUAACUAUUAUUUCUUAUAACGUAAUCGGAUUUAACAAUAAUAUAGAGAACGGGAAUGAAGGUGAUAAUACCUUUGGUAGAUGUGGUCAAAUAAAGUCUCAUACUGCUUGAUGGCGAUGUCAGCCGGUUCAGAAUCAAUAAUUACAAUUAAUUCUUUUUAGAUAACCAUUUAUUUAUGGCGAACACCUUUCUACAGGUAGAUUUUUCCUGGUAUUUACCGUUUCGGAUACUUACGCACAGAUCCUGAGACAGAUUCAAAGAGUACAAAUAAUGUUAUAGUAGGUAGGCAAGCUAAUGAAAAGGAAUGUUUGUACGAGAACCCUAAGGAUAAUCGUUUUCUCCGUCAAAAACGAAACAAAUGAACGCAUUAACUACUUCACUUCUUGCUGCGUCGGAAUCGAUAAACUGGUGGUUCAACCAGUUGCUGACUACUUGAAGGAUAUUUGUUUUUAAGCGUCUUCCUGUCAACUUUAUAUAAUAGUGUUCGAAAAGAUACACUGGGACUAAUCAGUUAUUUCUGCUUUUCAAUAAACAAGGUUAAUCUGCUGAAAAAGCGAAUAACCGUAAUGGAAGAAGAUCGGGAGACAAACAUCACUUACCCACUAAAGUUACAAUUCAGUGACCAAGACGUAUCAUUACUCAGUGAAGACUCAGUACAAAAUGAAUCUCCGGUAAAAGAUCAACCUGAAGCAAACCAAGACAAUUUAGAAAAAUGUAAAGUGAACAACAAUUCAGUUCCUUUAGGAGAUAACUCACGACGGAGAAUUGCGGCUGAGUAUACAAAUUUACAGACUAAUCUAGACGUAUAUCCUUAUGAAGCUACUUGUUCAGAAGAUUGGUUAUUGAGCGGACACUGACAGACUAUCAUGCUCUAGGUUUUGCAAGUUUUUAUUUAUGCUUUUAAAACAACAAUUGUGUAGCAGAUUUGUCUGAGAAAUAUUUUGAAAUCAACUUGGCUAUACAUCUUGUAUAUUAAAAAAACUUGUACUAAAUGGUAUAAUAUAAAGUGUAUUGCAAUUUUA